ACACUGUACAUUGUACACUAGAAUAGAAUAAUAAUGAUUAUUAAAUAAAUAAAAAUAAAAAAUAAAAAAUGGUUUUAAGUACAGAAUGGUCACAAGUAGAAGUGAUUGAUUUAGUAAAUGAUGGUAGUGGUUUAGGUUUUGGUAUUGUUGGUGGACGUAGUACAGGUGUUGUAAUUAAAUCAAUACUACCUGGUGGUAUAGCAGAUCGUGAUGGACGUUUACAAUCUGGUGAUCAUAUCUUACAAAUCAAUGAUGUACAAACUCGAGGUCUAGCUAGUGAACAUGUUGCAACGAUCUUACGUCAAUGUUCAACAUUAGAACCAGUACGAAUGGUUGUGGCACGUUCUGUUGAUUCUACACAAUGUACAGCACUAGGAAGUGAUGCACCCAUUGUACCAACUAAAACAUUAACAGAUCCAGAUGAAUUAGAAACGUUAUUAUUACAAAAUGGUGGUUAUCCAACUGAUAUUAUUAGUCAAAGUCAAAGUGAUGGUGAUGGUGAUGUUGAAGCAUCAUCUGCUGCUGCUGCUGCUCUAUCACUUAGAAGUGAACAACAUCAAACUAAAAUAAUAGAUGCAUCAUAUCAUCCACCAAUUGUUUUAACUAAUAAUAAUUACAACUUAGAAUAUCACAAUCAGAACCAAGAAGAUGAUGAAGAAGUAAAUGAUUCAGUUAGUAGAUUGUUAAGUAGUGACAACAACAGCUGCUGCAGUAGUGACUCACCAGAAUCACAAACAAUUCAUGUACAUUUAGAGAAGAACUCGUAUGGUUUAGGUAUCACUGUAGCUGGUUAUGUUUGGGAACGUGAAGAUUUAUCUGGUAUCUUUGUUAAAGGUAUCAGUGAAGGAAGUGCAGCUCAUUUAACUGGUCAAAUACAUUUAAAUGAUCGUAUUGUUGAAGUUGAUGGACGAUCGUUACGUGGCGUUACCAAUCAUGAAGCUGUUGAAAUGUUACGACAAACAAAUGUUACUGUUGACUUGGUCUUAGAACGUUAUCUACGUGGACCACGUUAUGAACAUUUAUUAAAUGCAUUACAAGCAGAUGCCCCAGGUGCACCAGGUAGUACUAAUAAUCAUAUUAGUCCACCAUCACCAUCAGUCACUACAUUAUCUUGGUUUCCUGCUGACGAUAACGAUACAACAGACAACAUUAUCAUUGAACCUGAACCAGAAUCACAUACAACCAUUGAUUCAUUGACAGAUGCAUUCAUUGAUCAUGAUCAUGCAUUCACUGAUCGUGAUCGUGAUCCAGACACUGUAGAAGUAUUUGUAGAUCCACACUUUGAAUCUGGUUCAAUAACACCAGAUCUAGACAUGGUUGUACAGAAACGUUGGAGUAGUUUAUUGGAUGAUGAGAAUACAGAGAUUGUGGUUGCACAGCUACGUAAACUACGUGGUCUUGGUAUUAGUCUAGAAGGCACUGUUGAAGUUGAAGAUGGUAUUGAGUUACGACCACGUCAUUUUAUACGUUCUAUUCUACCAGAAGGACCUGUUGGACGUAAUGGUAAACUGAAUACAGGUGAUGAACUAUUAGAAGUGAAUGGACAAAAGUUAUUAGGUCGUAAUCAUGUGGACGUGGUGAAGAUUUUAAAAGAACUACCUGAAACAGUUCGUAUUGUAUGUGCACGUCAAUCAGAAGGACGUGGUGGUGGUGGUAGUGGUGGUGGUGGUAUGUACAAUAGAUGUAGAAUCAUUAAUACUGCACAAGAUCGUGAAGGGUUUGCAGCACGUAACUUAUUAAGUGGAAGUUUACGAACAUUAUUAAAUCAUGAUGAUGAUGAUGAUGUAGAUAUUGUACCAGAUGUACCACCACCACCACCACCACCACCAGCAGCAGCACCAAGUGUACCAACAGAUGGUAUAGAUGAAGAUCAUGAACAACAAGAAUCAUUAAAUAAUACAUCAAGUACUGCAACAUUAGCUGAUGUUAGUGCUGUUGUAGAUGAUGUAGAUGUAGAUGUAGAUGUAGAACUAGAAAGUACUAAUGGUACUGGUUAUGAUGAUGACUUGAACAAUGAUAGUAAUGUUUUAAUUCAUGUCAAUGAUAAUGAUAAUGAUAAUGAUAAUGAUGUUAUUGAUUUAAAUCAACAUGAACAACAUGAAUCAAUUGUAAAGAAUGAAUCUAUAAAUGAGAAUGAAUUAAAUGAUUUAAUUGAAUCUAAAUAUAAAGAAAUAGAAACAAUCAAUGAAGAAAUAAAAGAAUUAAUAAAUAAUGAAGUAGAAGAAGAAGAAGAAGAAGAAGCAAUAAAGAAUCAAACAAAUGGAUUAGAACAUGAAGAACAUGAACAAGAACAUUGUACACCACCAAAAUUAACUAAAAUGAUGAUUGAACAAGAAGAAGUAACAGCACCAAGUGUAUCUGUUGAUGAUGAUGAUGAUAAUGAUAGUAUUGUUACAUAUUUAGCUAUAUGGAAACAAGAAAUAGAAUGGAUAGAAUUAUUAAAAAUAAAUAAUACAAAAGGUUUAGGUUUUAGUAUAUUAGAUUAUCAAGAUCCAUUAGAUCCAUAUGGUACAGUGAUUGUUGUACGUAGUUUAAUACCUGGUGGUUGUGCAUCAUUAAAUGGUCGAUUACAUCCUGGUGAUCGUUUAAUGUAUGUUAAUGACAUAUCAUUUAAGAAUGUUACAUUACAAUAUGCUGUACAAAUAUUAAAAUCAAUACAACCAGGACACACUGUACGUAUUGGUUUUAGUAAACCAAUGCCAUUAUUAAAACAACAUCAUCAACAUCAACAUCAACAUAAAACUACAACAACUACAUCAGCUACAUCAGCUACAGCUUCAACUACAGCUACAACUUCAUUAAGUAUUCAAGAUAAUUAUUUUAUUUGGUAA